AUGUAUAAUGAAUCAUGAAUGUAUCCGCAAACUCGGAUUCCUCAUUUCCAUCGCCUCGAGCGAUAUUCCCUGCUGAGACAUAAUGACAUACAGCGGUGUUCUCUCGCGCUGUGAAAACACUGAAAACUGCAGCAUCUACUGCGCUGAUUUGUAUUUUAGCAUUUACUCUACAAAGCAGGACGAAUGUUUUUAGUUGUAAUGCACGCACGAAUGGAAAGCACGUUUCUUUUCACACUUUUGACUACUUUUUGCGGCGUUGUCGACUCAUCAUACGGGACGUGGAAGACCAGUUUUCAUGCGAAUCAUGAGAACAAGGUGGAAAAGACAUCUUCAUCCUCUCAGCCUCACAUUGUUUUUAUUAUGGUCGAUGACCAAGGGUUUCGAGACGUGGGCUAUCAUGGGUCCGAAAUAAAGACUCCAACUCUGGACAGACUCGCCGCAACAGGAGUCAAACUGGAGAAUUACUACGUGCAACCUCUGUGUAGUCCCUCAAGGAGCCAACUGAUGACUGGCAGAUAUCAGAUCCACACUGGCCUCCAGCACUCCAUCAUCCGACCCACCCAACCCAACUGCCUCCCUCUUGAGAACAUCACUCUUCCACAGAAGCUGAAAAAUGCUGGAUACUCCACUCAUAUGGUGGGAAAGUGGCACCUUGGUUUCUAUAAGCGUGGCUGUAUGCCCACGCAGCGGGGCUUUGACACCUUCUUUGGCUCUUUGUUGGGUAGCGGUGACUACUACACCCAUUACAAGUGUGACAGUCCAGGAAUGUGUGGAUAUGACCUUCAUGAAGGUGAAGAAGCUGCUUGGGAGCAGGACCAUGGGAUCUAUUCCACCAUUAUGUACACACAGAAGGCUGUGAAUAUCCUGGCAUCUCACAAUCCUAAACAACCCAUCUUUCUUUACUUGGCCUACCAGGCUGUACACUCACCCCUGCAGGUUCCUGCCCGCUACCUCGAGCGCUAUAAGUCCAUCCCAAACUUGCAUCGCCGCAAGUAUGCUGCCAUGGUCAGCUGCUUGGACGAUGCGGUACGCAAUGUAACUCUUGCUCUCAAGCACUAUGGAUAUUAUGACAACACAGUUCUGGUUUACUCCUCAGACAAUGGUGGUCAACCAAUGGCAGGAGGCAGCAAUUGGCCAUUGAGAGGGAGUAAAGGAACUUACUGGGAAGGAGGUAUACGAGCCGUUGGGUUUGUGCAUAGCCCAUUACUGGUCAAGAAAGGCACCAGAAGCCGAGCUCUAAUCCAUAUCACGGACUGGUAUCCAACAUUGGUCAUGCUUGGUGAAGGUACGCUGGACGAAAACCAGAGUCUGGAUGGUUACGAUGUCUGGGAAGCCAUCAGUGAGGGGCGUCCCUCGCCUCGACUGGAUAUUCUCCACAACAUUGACCCCAUCUACACCAGAGCCAAGAAUGGAUCCUGGAAGGCAGGCUAUGGAAUCUGGAACACGGCCAUCCAGGCAGCUCUCCGGGUGGGGGAUUGGAAGCUCUUGACGGGGGUGCCAGGAUAUAGCGACUGGAUUCCGCCCCAGACUUUUACCACAUUGUUAUUGGCCAACCGUUGGCACAAUGAGCGAGUAAGCUUGCAUCGAGGCAAGUCUAUAUGGCUGUUCAACAUUAAGGCUGAUCCAUACGAGCGAGUGGAUCUGUCCCAACGCUACCCACAUGUGGUGAAGAAGAUGCUGUUCAGGCUUCUGCAGUACAACAAGACAGCUGUGCCAUGCCGCUACCCUCCCAAAGACUAUCGCUCCAAUCCUCAGUACAAUGGGGGGGUCUGGGGACCCUGGCACACGGAUGAUGAUGAUGAUGAUGAUGAGGAUGAUAAUCUUCUCUCAUAUGAUUUUAACAAGAUGAAGAGUUGGAAGAAAGCAAAACGAAGAGGGAAAUUGAAAAGAAAGGCCUAAGGUGUGACCUCCAUUUUGACUUUUGUGAACUCAGGGAUGAAGUCUUGAACUUUUGUGAAUUUUUGAGUCUUUUUCACUGAAGUAUUGAACCUGAUCUCAUAAAAAAAAAAAAAAAAACUGGACUGUGUUGAUAUCAAAAUGAUGUUACGUGGCUUUUUGCACGUAUUGCACACUACUUCCAAGGUGAAAUGUCCACUGUGUGGUGCUAUGAGCUAGUUAAAUUUUCUCCAAAACUGAUAAGGUUUUUAAGGUUUAACCUAACCGACAAUGUUGGGGAGUAACGGAAUACAUGUAACAGGAUUACGUAUUUAAAAUGCAAAAUAUUAGUAACUGUAUUCCACUACAGUUACAAUUUAAAUCAUUGGUAAUUAGAAUACAGUUACAUUCAAAAAGUAUUUUGAUUACUGAGGAGAUUACUUUGCAUUUUAUUGUCAUUUGUUUCAUUUAAUAUUUAGUCCAUUCAGAUGAAAAACAUUUAUACAUAUAAAUGAUGCGAUCCAAAGUGCAUUUGAACAGCGGUGAAACACUUUCUUAUGAUGUGUUACAUUCAUACGAGCAGACAGAGAAGUAAGUUUGAAGUAAGUUUGGAGCAGAAGAAAUAGAAAUAAACCUUGUGUAAAUUGUCAGCUUUACGCUAAGAUAAAAUGCUAUUUCUAGCCAUUUUACAUGCACAUGUUACCAGGCACGAUCAUAUUUUUUAUCAAUUAAAUUCAUGUUAGAUCAUAAUUUCUUUUUUUCUAGUAAGAGCUCUGAUAUUAGGGCAAAAUUCGUAUUCUUGAUAAUAAUUUUUUUAUUGUUUUCCUGUAAAAAUAUCUAAAAAUCCUUAAAACAAGAUCAGUUUGAUUUAUCUUGUUUUAGAAUCAACACUACAUAAGAUAUUUAUGUUUUUCAGAGAAUGUAUUUUUAACAUGUGUAUUUUGUCUUACUGUACUGGCAGAGUUUUUAUAGUCAAAACAAGUGAAAAAAUCUACCAGUGCUGAAGAAGUAAUCCAAAGUAUUUAGAUUACAUUACUGACCUUGAGUAAUCUAACAGAAUACGUUACAAAUGACAUUUUACAGCAUGUAUUCUGUAAUCUGUAGUGGAAUACAUUUCAAAAGUAACCCUCCCAACCCUGCUAGCCGAUAGUGUCAAAAAAGGCAAAUGUGAGAUGAAAACGCAAUUUUUGAAGCAACCACAUCAUUUAGUGGUUCUUCUAUGACACUUCCGGCUCACGUGUUGACUGUGUUGACAUGUGCUCUCCAGGACUCGUAUCUCGGUCCUUUGCAUUGCAAGUGCAAUGCUCUUUUGGUUGAGGUAUCGUGCAAUUUGACCAUGUUCAAACAUGUUUGUAAAUGUAGAUGGUUAUGUAAUGCAAACGUACAGUUAGAGUCAGAAGUUUACAUACACUUUAGCAAAAGACAUUUAAACUCAGUUUUUCACAAUUCCUGACAUUUAAUCGUAGAAAACAUUCCCUGUCUUAGGUCAGUUAGGAUCACUACUUUAUUUUAAGAAUGUGAAAUGUCAGAAUAAUAGUAGAGAGAAUGAUUUAUUUCAGCUUUUAUUUCUUUCAUCACAUUCCCAGUGGGUCAGAUGUUUACAAACAAUUUGUUAGUAUUUGGUAGCAUUGCCUUUAAAUAGUUUAACUUGUGUCAAACGUUUUGGGUAGCCUUCUACAAGCUUCUCACAAUAAGUUGCUGGAAUUUUGGCCCAUUCCUCCAGACAGAACUGGUGUAACUGAGUCAGGUUUGUAGGCCUCCUUCCUCACACAUGCUUUUUCAGUUCUGCCCACAAAUUUUCUAUCAGAUUGAGGUCAGGGCUUUGUGAUGGCCACUCCAAUACAUUGACUUUGUUGUCCUUAAGCCAUUUUGCCACAACUUUGGAGGUAUGCUUGGGGUCAUUGUCCAUUUCAAAGACCCAUUGUGACCAAGCUUUAACUUCAUGGCUGAUGUCUUGAGAUUUUGCUUCAAUAUAUCCACACAGAUUUCCUUCCUCAUGAUGCCAUCUAUUUUAUGAAGUGCACCAGGCCUUCCUGCAGCAAAGCACCCCCACAACAUGAUGCUGCCACCCCCAUGCUUCACGGUUGGGAUGGUGUUCUUUGGCUUGCAAGCCUCACCCUUUUUCCUCCAAACAUAACGAUGGUCAUUAUGGCCAAAACGUUAAAAUUUUGUUUCAUCAGACCAGAGGACAUUUCUCCAAAAAUUAAGAUCUUUGUCCCCAUGUGCACUUGCAAACUGUAGUCUGGCUUUUUAUUGCAGUUUUGGAGCAGUGGCUUCUUUCUUGUUGAGCAGCCUUUCAGUUUAUGUCAAUAUAGGACUCGUUUUACUGUGGAUAUAGAUACUUGUCUGCUUGUUUCCUCCAGCAUCUUCCUAAGGUCCUUUGCUGUUGUUCUGGGAUUGAUUUGCAUUUUUUGCACCAAACUACGUUCAUCUCUAGGAGACAGAAUGCGUCUCCUUCCUGAGUGGUAUGAUGGCUGUGUGGUCCCGUGGUGUUUAUACUUGCGUACUAUUGUUUGUACAGAUGAACAUGGUACCUUCAGGCUUUUGGAAAUUGCUCCCAAAUAUGAACCAGACUUGUGGAGGUCCAAACUUGUGGCUGAUUUCAUUUGAUUUUCCCUUGAUCUCAAGCAAUGAGGCACUGAGUUUGAUGGUAGGCCUUAAAAUACAUCCACAUGUACACCUCCAAUUCAGUACACCUCCUAUCAGAAGCUAACUGUCUAAAGGCUUGACAUCAUUUUCUGGAAUUUUCCAAGCUGCUUACAGUCACAGUUCACUUAGUGUAUGUAAACUUCAGACCCACUGGAAUUGUGAUAUAGUCAAUUAAAAGUGAAUCAAUCUGUCUGUAAACAAUUGUUGGAAAAAUUACUUGUGUCAUGCACAAAGUAGAUGUUCUAAACGACUUGCCAAAACUAUAGUUUGCUAAUAUUAAAUCUGUGGAGUUGUUAGAAAAUGAGUUUUAAUGACUUCAAACUAAAUGUAUGUAAACUUCUGACUUCAACUGUAUAGGUGGAUCUAUAGUCAUCCACUAGAGAAACAGGGUGAAAAGUACAGUAAAUUGUUAAUGAACUGAUAAUCUGCUGUUUUACUCAUGGUUUGUGUGAAAGGAAAUAAACAUCAUAGUUGUUUUAGCGCCUCUAGUGUUCAUUUCACCAGGAAACUGCCACGAUACUUACAACGAGCCAUGUAAAAAUCAUUUUGCAAAAAUUGAGAUAUUGUAACGUGUUUCUUAGACCAAAUAGGAUGUAUAGAUUUAACUUCAGUUUCAUAAGAGCAAAAAGGUGAAGUGUGUACUUUUUUAUGAAUGUUCAAGUACCAUCCCAGUUUAAUAUGCUGUUACAUCUGUAGUUAAGCCAUUCGAAGGUUUACUUCCUGAAAAAUUGAAAGCACUGUGACCCUGUGGUGCUUACAAAACAUUUCUUUUGAGCGGUUGUUUGUUUAAGCGGUUUGACAUGCCAUCUUCUGGCUCCAUUAGUGACUUAAGUUUUGGACAGGAUUACCUGUUUGGCUGAACAAUGGAAGAAGGGAGGUUGUUUGGGAAGUCUUUUGGUGCCACUAGUGGUGCAGAAAUCACACAAAAGAAAUCAGAAAUUGCACACAUGCUGAGGAGGAAAAUCACUUGAAUUACUACUAUUACUCCUACAGCUUGAACUUUUUAACAAGGUUUUCGGGUUGCAUAGGACGAUGAAAUUGGACUUUGUUGAUGGUGCUAUAUUUAAAAAAAAACAUUUUAAAUGGAAGAAAAUGUAUAUUAUAUAUAUAUAUGUUAUAAAAAGCAAUUUAGAAACUUAGAAAAUGGGAACAAUACAUUAAGAAGCUUAUAUUUGAGUUUUUAUCAUUUUUGUGAUCUUAGUUUUUAGAAUGUCAUCAUGUUAGUUCUUUUGUUUUGCCUGGUCUGGGACCAGUUGAAUGAAACUUGAAUGUAAGACCAAUACACUUCUUCUACAAACUCUUUUCGUAAAACUUAUUUUCACUUCAUUUUGCUCUCUGGUAAAUUUCAAGUUAAAUAUUGUUAUACAAAACCAUAGAGGUGUGAAUUCACCUAUAUCUACUGUAAGUACACACUCUAAAAUACCAGCUGGGAGUCAUUUCUGUCCUCUGUUGAAAUAGUUUGACAUUUAAUUUUCUUGUUUCCAUUUCUGACAUCUGAGCCAAAGUUCACCUCACUCUUACCUUGUGAUACCAAAUUGAUUGUUCUCU